AUGGAAAGGUCGCCUAAAGGCCCAACUGCCACGAGCGAUUAUCUCAAAUGGCGGGCUGACAGGGAUCAAGAAUACCUAACCGCAGAUCCGACAAAAUUUGAGGAUAUCAACCCACGCCAAGACGUCCCUUCGGAAGAAGCUAGUGCUCGCUUGACUGACUCACUACAGAAGGCAAACACCGAAAACUCACAACUGCAAAAACAGAUAGAACAGUUGGAGGGCCAACAGCAUACCCUUAAGAGAAAAUUAAGGAGGCUCAAGGAAGAGGCUAGGACCAAGAAGUUGGGGUUUGAAGAACAAGAGACACAGUGGGAGAAAGAAAGAAGUUCCCUCCAAGCUGUCAUAAAAGAAGUAGAAGUACGGAAUAGCGAGCUUCAGGAGAAGAUGAAAUAUCAGGAUAUACUCAUAGAGGAGCAUAAACAAGAAAACAAAAAGAAGAGGCUUGAACUGAAGGAACAGGCACAGCUCAUCAACGACGUUCUGAAGGAAUGUGCCAAAGAAAGAAAGGAAAAAGAAAGGCAAGCUGCUCUUUAUCGAGAGCUGAAAGAGAACGGUAAUACGCUUCGGGAGUAA